AUGUCCCGACGCAAGCAAGCCAAGCCGCAGCACCUCAAGUCGGACGAGGAUCCCGCUCUAGCCGGGGUGAUCUCCGAGCACGCUCUGAUUUCCCGAGGUGAUGUGCUGGAUGAUGCCGACAGCGGGAACGAGAGCCGCAGCGGCAGUGAGGAGACCCAUGUAUGUGAGAAGUGUUGCGCUGAGUUCUUCAAGUGGUCAGACUUCUGUGAACAUUUAAAGAGCUGCACCAAGAACCCCCUGGUGCUCAUAGUGAAUGACAAUGAGGACACACCUAACCCCUCCCAGGAGUACCCGACAGAGCCCUCCCCUGUACCCAGCUGCCCGAGCGAGCAGGCUGACAGCGAGGACCCCAGGGAGGGCAACCACAGUCCUGCUGAAAAGGAGGACGAGCAGAUGGAGCUGGAGCUGUCUCCUGAAAAAAAUAUGGAUUCUGAAGACAGAGAUGUGACAUCCCCUGAGCCAGACGGCUCCCUACCUCAGCUCAAUGAUGUCGUCCCCUCCGCUGUUACAAGCUAUGCCAUGCCAAGCACCAAUGUUACCCUGGAGACUCUGCAUGGCACCCGGGUUGCAGUUGCCCAAUUUUCACAGAGUGUGAGGGCAGCAGCAGGCAGUGGGGUCUCCACCAUGGCUAUUCCCAUGAUCCUGGACCAGCUGAUGGCCCUCCAGCAGCAGCAGAUACACCAGCUGCAGCUGAUAGAACAAAUACGCAGUCAGGUGGCUCUGAUGAAUAGACAGUCUGCCUCACAGCCUGCUCUCAAUCACCAUCACAGCAAUGCUGCUGGAAACCAGGGGCCUGUUUCCUCCUGUGUCCCCCCUGUCGCUAGUCAGCUUCAGCUACACAACUUCAUCACCCCUCCUGUCCAUCAGCUGCCUGUUAGGUUGCCGGCCACUCUCAACGGUCAAGGCUCUUCACCCCUGACCUCAGCAAUAGAAGGGCCUCUGUCUCAAGCACCACAAAGUGGCAGUCAGCAGCCUAACGCUUCAGUCCCGAACACAUCCUCAAAUAAUUCGGUGUUUCCACAGCCCAGUGGUACGGGAUUGUCAUCUCUAAUUCCCUCCUGCUCAUCCUCAGUCAUGAACAACAACAUUAGCACCAGUAGUAGUGUAACAGGAGGUGGUGGCAUUAGCAGCAGCUCAGCUCUUCCCAGGAACUCCACCACCCCUCCCUCACUCAGCCACAGUAGCCUCCUGAGCUCUGCCUCCAGUCUACCGCUGAUACCUCACAGCUCGUCCAGCAGCGUUAUCUUCCCCAACCCUCUGGCCAGCAUAGCAGCCACAGCCAACGCACUCGACCCCCUCUCUGCUCUGAUGAAGCACCGCAAGGGGAAGCCCCCGAAUGUGUCUGUGUUUGACACUAAGCCCAGCUCGGAGGACCCAUUCUUCAAGCAUAAGUGUCGGUUCUGCGCCAAGGUGUUUGGCAGUGACAGCGCUUUACAGAUCCACCUGCGUUCCCACACUGGAGAGAGGCCGUACAAAUGCAACAUAUGUGGCAACCGUUUCUCCACCAAAGGGAAUCUGAAAGUUCACUUCCAGAGGCACAAAGAGAAAUACCCACACAUUCAGAUGAACCCCUACCCUGUGCCAGAGUACCUGGACAAUGUGCCCACAAGCUCAGGCAUCCCAUAUGGCAUGUCUUUGCCCCCUGAAAAACCGGUAACCACAUGGCUAGACAGCAAACCUGUCCUCCCCACUGUUCCCACCUCAGUCGGGCUCCAGCUGCCUCCCACGCUGCCGAGUAUGAUGGGAGGUUUUGGCGAUUCUCCAAGCCUCACUCCGCUCAACAGGUCCCCUCAGAGGCCAUCUCCACCCUCAAGCGAGUGUGCAUCUUUGUCCCCUAAUAUCGUCACUGACUCUGGCAUGACCACUACUUCACCCUCCCCAAAGCCUAGCCUAGGGAGUGAAGCACCUCCUCUCUUGAAACCUGAAGGUGUUCUCCUGCCCCCAAGCUGCUCUUCCAGGCCGGGAGAGAACACCACCACCACAACUACAGUAACUCAAGUGGUCCUUUCCACUACUGUCACUUCCACCACAUCGCCCAGCAGUGGCCAGGUCACUGAACCAAUCAUGAGCCCCAACUCUGUCUCCAACCCCAUCUCCCAUCCGGUCCUUCCCAUGCUCUCUGACCAGUUUAAGGCCAAGUUUCCAUUUGGCGGCCUCCUAGACUCUAUGCAAACCUCAGAGACAUCAAAGUUGCAGCAGCUUGUUGAAAAUAUUGACAAGAAGAUGACCGACCCAAACCAGUGCGUCAUCUGUCAUCGCGUUCUCAGCUGCCAGAGUGCUCUCAAGAUGCACUACCGUAUCCACACUGGUGAGAGGCCUUUCAAGUGCAAGAUAUGUGGGCGGGCAUUCACCACCAAGGGAAACCUGAAAACACACUUUGGUGUCCACAGAUCCAAACCCCCGCUUCGGGUCCAGCACUCCUGCCCUAUAUGUCAGAAAAAGUUCACCAAUGCAGUCGUGCUGCAGCAGCACAUCCGUAUGCACAUGGGAGGGCAGAUCCCCAACACCCCGGUCCCUGAAAGCCUGCAGGAGAUGGACACUGACCUGUCCUUUGACGAGAAGAGCUUAGAUGCGAUGAGUAAUUACGAUGAUGACCUUCUGGACGAAAUGGAGCAGGCUAUGGAUGACGAAGUUGACUUAAAAGAGGGGGAAGUGGACCCAUCUAAACCUUAUUCGCCAGGGUGCUCCCCGCCAACUUCCAUCAUCUCCAGCAUUGCUGCAAUGGAGAACCAAAUGAAGAUGAUCGACUCCACUGCCAACAUGACCCGUUCGUUCGGUCAAAAGCCCAUGCUGAACGGCAGCAGCUUUGGAGGAGAGACUGACUGCUUAACCACAGAUUCCCUGUCAGUGGUGGGGGAUGCUGAAGGUCAAAGCUUGGGGAGCCCUGCUUUGUCUGAGUCCUCUGGCUCUAUGCAGCAUUUGUCCCCAGCUCACAGCCACUCUGAGAGCCAGCGAUCCAAGUCCCCAGCUACACUCAACAAUAAUAACAACAGCAGUGCCAUGACAGCAGAGGAGGGCCAGGAGAACAAUACAGCGGGCUUGGCAACGGUGAAGUCGGAAAAAUCAGAGACUCCAUCUCCACUUUCUGCUACUGAAGGCACCGGGGCCCUUGACCUGACUGCCACUCAACAUGGCAGGCACUUUAUCAAGGAGGAGAGCCACUUCAGCAUGCUGUUUCUAAAUAGGGAUCGAGGGCUGAGCACCCCUAAUUUGGCCAGCACUGCAUCGAACAUGAUCAAAAUGGAGAUGAAUGGACACGGCAAGUCAGUGUCUCUGAGCGACAACUCUCACCUGCCCGUGGGCAUCCAGGUUCCCGCCGCAACACCCCAGACCACCAUGAGCCCCAGCAUCAACCCCAUGUUGGCUCCCCCGCCUCCACGCCGCACUCCUAAGCAGCACAACUGCCACUCGUGUGGGAAGAAUUUCUCUUCCGCCAGUGCUCUGCAGAUCCACGAGCGCACACACACCGGGGAGAAACCGUUCGCCUGCUCCAUUUGUGGAAGGGCUUUCACCACAAAGGGCAAUCUGAAGGUUCACAUGGGAACACACAUGUGGAACAACGCUCCAGCCCGAAGGGGUCGGCGACUGUCCGUAGAGAAUCCCAUGGCCCUGCUAGGCGGGGAUGCCAUGAAGUUCAGCGAGAUGUUCCAGAAGGAUCUGGCGGCUCGGGCCAUGAACGUCGACCCGGGCUUUUGGAACCAGUACGCGGCCGCCAUCACCAAUGGGCUGGCCAUGAAAAACAAUGAGAUCUCUGUGAUCCAGAACGGAGGCAUCACCCAGCUGCCCGUCAGCCUCGGCGGUGCAGGAAUCACUUCACUGGGAGCCAUGCCUGGAGGAAUGGACCGCGUUCACACAGGCAGCAGCCCUCCCAUGACGGGUAUGGAGAAGGCUGGUCUGGAGGUCGGGGCCAGCCGUCCCUUCUCCAGAUUUAUGGAGGAGAACAAAGAGAUUGGGAUCAAUUAAAAAGACUUUUCUGUAUUAUUCCAAGGUAGGCAUUUGGCAAAGACUAAGAGUCUGACAGCAAGGACAGAAACUGCUGAUCCAGUCUGAACUCAUACGUAUUAUAUAAUGUACAGAUUAAAUAUUUUUUGUUUGGUUUUGGAAAUAUAGUAUUUAGUAUUGAUUAGAGGUCUUUGCCUUUCACUCAUUGCGUCCUCACUUGAUAUUUCACCUAUACGAAGAAUACUUUGUCUCUUGUUUGAGAAUAUGUCGUCUUGCAAGAUUUGCAUGGUACUUAUUGGUUUUUCUCAGUAUGUUUGACUGCUUUUAUGAAUUUCUUUGAAAACCAGGAUCCUGCCUCAUUUAUGAUGGGCAAGCAUCUUAUCUGGACAGGACUAAAACAGAAAAGAACAUGGGUUUGUUUAAAGACAGUCUUGCCUUUGCCUGGGAACCUUGUUUAUGAUUGCCCAUGGAUAGACUGAAGAAAAGACUGAAGUAUAGUGUUUCUGUGCUCGCCUGAUAUUUUUUUCUCAUGAACUAGAAAACUUGAAAAAAAUAAUGUUUGAACUAUUUUAAUCUUUACAUUUAGUCUCCCAGCAUUGUCUUAUAAUAUUGUCCUGUGUCUUUAGUAUUUAUGAUAUUGACAAAAAAGCGGGUAUACAAAAAUAUAUUUAAUGGCCCAAGCAUUUUAUUGAUCCAUUUUUUUUCUAAACUGCAGGCUUCACUGAUGAAUAUCUCUUUCAAUAAAGACAAUAUGUCAUUUGAGUUGAACAACAGAGAAAAAUGGUAGGUUUUAUUUGGAUAUCUGUUGAGACUAUGUGUAUCUCAUUACAUGGUAAAGAGGCUAGAGAUAUCCGAAGCUGCUAUGAACACAACCCUGCUUUUAACCUUUGUAAAAAGAAAAAAGAAGUGAUCCUUUUGAAGAAAUAUCUAUGUAUAGAAAUACAGACAAAUCUAAAACAGGUAUGCAUAUUUUGUAUCACAUAAAAAUAGACAUCAUGAGUUGAGAGUAUUUGUCAUGUUUGUGAAUGCACUUUUUAAAAACAAGACGUUUUGUCUGUGAGUUACCGUUAACCUUUUGACUGAGCUAUCUAUCACGUGCUGUUUUCAUUGUUGUCAGCGUACCACUCCUACAAUUUGCAGAGUCGGUUCUCUGUUAUUGCAUCUGUGCAACUCGUCAGAGUGCAAACUCAUCACUCAAUCAAAACCUUCUUAAAUAAAAAA